AGGGUCCAUGGUUCUUGAUGUUCGUUGUAAGACAAUCAGAGAGCUCAAAUUCUAAGGUUGAUGUACACCUGACCACACACCACCAAGCUCCCGGAUGCAAUUUUAGCAUAGGAGCGUGAGAUCGCAGGAAGCUGUCAGAUCUAACGUCUCUGUAACCCAGAAAUAUUCAUUCCAAUCCUUAUUGUUUGAAUCCGGUCUCAUUCCCUCUGGUUUGGGGGCGAGCCCAAAAACACCAGAACAACAAUGGAUGCUUUGAGAAAACAAGCCAGCAAGUUUAGGGAGCAGGUUGCCAAACAGCAACAGGCUGUUAUAAAACAGUUCGGUGGGACUGGUUAUGAAAGUUCAGAUGUAAUGGUUAUAGAUGAGGUCGAGAUGCAGAGACAUCAACAAUUAGAGAAACUGUACAGGUCUACACGUGCAGGAAAGGAUUUUCAGAAAGAUAUUGUUAGAGCAGGGGAAGCAUUCACAGCCAUAGGAUAUAAACAAAUCGAAACAGGAACAAAGUUGUCUGAGGAUUGCUGCAGAUAUGGUGCUGAAAACAUCAAUGAUAACAUUCUAGCUAGGGCUGCAUCUAUAUAUGGUGAUGGUCUUAAACAUAUAGCAAAAGAGCAAGAAGACUUGACCAAACUGUUAUCUUCACAGAUUUUAGAUCCUUUGAGAGCAAUGGUCACUGGUGCUCCUUUGGAAGAUGCCCGUCAUCUAGCUCAACGUUAUAGCCGAAUGAGACAUGAAGCUGAGACACAGGCAGCUGAGGUUUCUAGAAGACAAGCUCGACUAAGGGAAGCUCCAAAUCCAGAAAAUGCUGCAAGGCUAAAUAUAGCAGAAGCUAAAAUGAAGGAAUUGAAAGCAAAUAUGGCAGUUUUGGGUAAAGAAGCAGCAGCUGCAUUGGCUGCUGUUGAAGCACAACAGCAAAGGCUUAGUUUCCAGAGGCUUGUUGCAAUGGUUGAGGGAGAAAGGACUUAUCAUCAGAGAAUAGCUACCGUUCUUGGUGAAGUUGAAUCUGAGAUGGUCUCGGAAAAACAAAGGAAAGAAUCUGCUCCUCCUGCCAUUCCAUCAGAGAGCCACUCAGAGAAGACGAUGUACUUCUUGGCUGAAGCAAUGCAUGCUUUCAGUGCGGCAUCAGAGAAGGAACUGAGCCUGAAUGUGGGAGACUAUGUCGUUGUCCGGAAGGUGAGCCAUACAGGAUGGUCAGAAGGAGAAUGCAAAGGUAAAGCAGGCUGGUUUCCAUCAGAGUACGUGGAGAAACGUCAAAGGCUUCCCACCAGUAAUGUGGCUGCUGAAGUUUACUAAGCUGUACUCCAUGCUCAGCUGGUCAGCACCCCAAGACUGAAUGCACUGUAUAAUGUUGGGGGUAAACUGUUGGAUUUUUUCUACAUUGUGUCUAUUUUUGUUAUGCUCUCUAGGCACUGAUUAUUGCAAAGACAUACCUUUUCAGAUUUGUUUUUCAAUUCUUUUAUAUUAACUUUCAAGACAGUAGUCAUGGUUGCUGAAACAAUCUGUUUUAUAAAAUAAUGAAGCAGUGUGUAUUGAUCUUUGUUGAUGAAAUUAUAAUGAUAUGCUGUUAUGGUAAA